AUGCAGGCACGAGCCAAAGAGCAUCGUCUGAACCAGCUGAAAGAUGAUGUGGAGGCCAACCGCUUCGAUCAAAGCAACGCGGAGGGCAAGGCCCUGAUGCAGAAGUGCAAGGCCCUCCUGAGCGAGAAUCGGGAGCUCGGGGAACUCAUGCGAGAGGAACGAUUGGCAGACCUGCGCGUGGCUUUGCAGAACGAGCAGAGGAAGAACGCGGAACUCCACAAGAAGUGUGAGGAAGCAGUCGAGUUCUGCAAGGAGCUCGCGCAGGACAGCGAGAAGCUACAGGCCAGCAUGGCAAAAGUUGCUGGAGAUCUGCUGCAGGCCAAGAACGAGCUCGAGCUGCUCAAAAGACAGCGCCACGAAGCGCGUGUGCACCGCAAGCAGGCAGGUGUUGCAGCUCCCGCAUGUGAGGGAACUCCUGGAACAGUCGGUUGA